GUGGAGGAGUGGGAGGAGGACGACGGAAGAGGAGGUAGCGGCGCGGGGAUCUUCCCGGCGACAGCGGUCAGGCGGUGCACUGCUGCUCCUCCGCCGCGCUGCUCGUGCUCUCCGAAGCCCGGCGCGCACUGGCUGGACACGAUCCCUGCGCUGGCCGUUCUCGCGCGGGGUCGCGCAAGACCCUAGGAGGGCCGGGGCGCCGAGGGAGCGUCCGCCGGGCGUCACUGCGGGACCGCGGGUGGGCGGGCUGAGGGGUGGAGGAGCCACGGGCCCCGCCUCCCGCGUGCUGCAGCUAGAGCCGCCACUGCCGUGGCCCCGCCGAGGCUUUAAACAGUGGGGACCGCCCCGCGCCGGCUGCACUCUCGCGCUGACUGGGCUGCGGACGGCGGAGAGCCGGCCACCGGGAGAGCGACUCCCUCUUCAGGCGUUGCGACCGCGGAGGGCGUGCAGCCCGCGACGUCCGCCAGACUCUCUGGGUCCGCCGAGGGUCGGCUGGUGAUGGAGCCGAGGCCUACGGCGCCCUCCUCCGGCGCCCCUAGGCUAUCUGGGGUCGGAGAGACGCCGCCAGCCGCCGCGCUAGCCGCUCCCGGGGUGGACCUGCCCGGCGCGGCUGUGCCCUCGGUGUCGGAGGAUGCUGCGGCCGCUAGCCUGGGUGGCGGCGGGGUCCGCGGGGAGGGCGCCGCGGCGGCCGGGGACGGACUGGGCAGACCCCUGGGGCCCACCCCGAGCCAGAGCCGCUUCCAGGUGGACCUGGUUUCCGAGAACGCCGGGCGAGCUGCCGCGGCGGCGGCUGCAGCUGGUGUUGGGACGGGGAGCAAGGAGACCUCCGUGGAUGGGAAAGCAAUCGGCGAAAGCGGGCCUGCGAAAGGCAGCGAGGAAGCCAAGGGCCGCUUCCGUGUGAACUUCGUGGACCCGGCUGCCUCCUCUUCAGCUGAGGAGAGCCUGUCGGAUGCGGCGGGGGUCGGAGGCGACGGGCCCAACGUGAGCUUCCAGAACGGUGGGGACACAGUGCUGAGCGAGGGCAGCAGCCUGCACUCGGGCGGCGGCGGCAGUGGGCACCACCAGCACUACUACUAUGACACCCACACCAAUACCUACUACCUGCGCACCUUCGGCCACAACACCAUGGACGCCGUGCCCAGGAUCGAUCACUACCGGCACACAGUAGCGCAGCUGGGCGAGAAGUUGCUCCGGCCCAGUCUAGCGGAGCUUCACGACGAGCUGGAAAAGGAACCAUUUGAGGAUGGCUUUGCAAAUGGGGAAGAAAGUACUCCAACCAGAGACGCUGUGGUCACGUAUACUGCAGAGAGUAAAGGAGUUGUCAAGUUUGGCUGGAUCAAGGGUGUAUUAGUACGUUGUAUGUUAAACAUUUGGGGUGUGAUGCUCUUUAUUAGAUUAUCAUGGAUUGUAGGUCAAGCUGGAAUAGGUCUGUCAGUCCUUGUCAUAAUGAUGGCCACUGUUGUGACAACCAUCACAGGAUUGUCUACUUCAGCAAUAGCUACGAAUGGAUUUGUACGAGGAGGAGGAGCAUAUUAUUUAAUAUCUAGAAGUCUAGGGCCAGAAUUUGGUGGUGCAAUUGGCCUAAUCUUCGCCUUUGCCAAUGCUGUUGCAGUUGCUAUGUAUGUAGUUGGAUUUGCAGAAACUGUGGUGGAGUUGCUUAAGGAGCAUUCCCUUUUUAUGAUUGAUGACAUCAAUGACAUCAGGAUUAUUGGAGCCAUUACCGUGGUGAUCCUGUUAGGUAUCUCGGUAGCUGGAAUGGAGUGGGAGGCAAAAGCUCAGAUUGUUCUUUUGGUGAUUCUGCUACUUGCUAUUGCUGAUUUCAUCAUAGGAACAUUUAUCCCAUUGGAGAGCAAGAAGCCCAAAGGUUUCUUUGGUUAUAAAACUGAAAUAUUUACUGAAAACUUUGGGCCAGAUUUUCGAGAGGAAGAGACUUUUUUCUCUGUCUUUGCCAUCUUUUUUCCUGCUGCAACUGGUAUUCUGGCUGGAGCAAAUAUCUCAGGUGAUCUUGCAGAUCCUCAGUCAGCCAUACCCAAAGGAACACUCUUAGCCAUUUUAAUUACUACGUUGGUUUAUGUAGGAAUUGCAGUAUCUGUAGGCUCUUGUGUUGUACGGGAUGCCACCGGGAACAUUAAUGACACUAUUGUAACAGAGCUAACAAACUGUACUUCUGCAGCCUGCAAAUUAAACUUUGACUUUUCUUAUUGUGAAAGCAGUCCCUGUUCCUAUGGCCUAAUGAACAACUUUCAGGUAAUGAGUAUGGUGUCAGGAUUUGCCCCAUUAAUUUCUGCAGGCAUCUUUUCAGCCACUCUUUCCUCUGCAUUAGCAUCUCUUGUGAGUGCUCCCAAAAUAUUUCAGGCUCUAUGUAAAGACAACAUCUACCCAGCAUUCCAGAUGUUUGCUAAAGGUUAUGGGAAAAAUAAUGAACCUCUUCGUGGUUACAUCUUAACAUUCUUAAUUGCACUUGGAUUCAUCUUAAUUGCUGAACUGAAUGUUAUUGCUCCAAUUAUCUCUAACUUCUUCCUUGCGUCCUAUGCACUGAUCAAUUUUUCAGUAUUUCAUGCAUCACUUGCAAAAUCUCCAGGAUGGCGCCCUGCAUUCAAAUAUUACAAUAUGUGGAUAUCACUUAUUGGAGCAAUUCUUUGUUGCAUAGUGAUGUUUGUCAUUAAUUGGUGGGCUGCACUGCUGACAUAUGUGAUAGUCCUUGGGCUGUAUAUUUAUGUUACCUACAAGAAACCAGAUGUGAACUGGGGAUCCUCCACGCAAGCCCUGACCUACCUGACCGCACUGCAGCAUUCCAUUCGUCUUUCCGGAGUGGAAGACCACGUGAAAAACUUUCGGCCACAGUGUCUUGUCAUGACAGGUGCUCCAAACUCACGCCCAGCUUUACUUCAUCUUGUUCAUGAUUUCACAAAAAAUGUUGGUUUGAUGAUCUGUGGUCAUGUGCAUAUGGGGCCUCGAAGACAAGCCAUGAAAGAGAUGUCCAUUGAUCAAGUUAAAUAUCAGCGAUGGCUUAUUAAAAACAAAAUGAAAGGUUUUUAUGCUCCAGUACAUGCAGAUGACUUGAGAGAAGGAGCCCAGUAUUUGAUGCAGGCUGCUGGUCUUGGGCGUAUGAAACCAAACACACUUGUUCUUGGAUUUAAGAAAGACUGGCUGCAAGCAGAUAUGAGGGAAGUGGAUAUGUAUAUAAACCUAUUCCAUGAUGCCUUUGACAUACAAUAUGGAGUAGUGGUUAUUCGCCUAAAAGAAGGUCUGGAUAUAUCUCAUCUUCAAGGACAAGAAGAAUUAUUGUCAUCACAAGAGAAAUCUCCUGGUGUUAAGGAUGUGGUACUAAGUAUGGAAUAUAGUAAGAAAUCAGAUUUAGACACUUCUAAGCCAUCUGUUGAAAAAACUGUUACACAUAAAGAUGAGGAAGAGGAUGGCAAGACUCCAACUCAACCACUGUUGAAAAAAGAAUCCAAAGGCCCUGCUGUACCUUUAAAUGUAGCUGACCAAAAGCUUCUUGAAGCUAGUACUCAGUUUCAGAAAAAACAAGGAAAGAAUACUAUUGAUGUCUGGUGGCUUUUUGAUGAUGGAGGUUUGACCUUAUUGAUACCUUACCUUCUAACUACCAAGAAAAAGUGGAAAGAUUGUAAGAUCAGAGUAUUCAUUGGUGGAAAAAUAAACAGAAUAGACCAUGACCGAAGAGCGAUGGCUACCCUGCUUAGCAAGUUCCGGAUAGACUUCUCUGAUAUAAUGGUUCUAGGAGACAUUAAUACUAAACCAAAGAAAGAAAAUAUUAUAGCUUUUGAUGAAAUGAUUGAGCCAUACAGACUUCAUGAAGAUGAUAAAGAACAAGAUAUUGCAGAUAAAAUGAAAGAAGAUGAACCAUGGCGAAUAACAGAUAAUGAACUUGAACUUUAUAAGACCAAGACAUACCGGCAGAUUAGGUUAAAUGAAUUAUUAAAGGAACAUUCAAGUACAGCUAAUAUCAUUGUCAUGAGUCUCCCGGUUGCACGAAAAGGUGCUGUGUCUAGUGCUCUCUACAUGGCGUGGUUAGAAGCUCUAUCUCAGGACCUACCACCCAUUCUCCUAGUCCGUGGGAAUCAUCAGAGUGUCCUUACAUUCUAUUCUUAAAUGUUCUAUACAGUGGACAGCCCUACAGAUGGUACUUCAUUGCCUAGUGAAGUAACUGAAAUCUUCAGUGACACGUUAACAUCACAAUGGUGAACUGUGACUUUUCUUUCACUAUUUCAUUAAUUUGAAAGCACACAGGGAAAUUUGUUCCAUUGAUACGUGUAUGGAGACUUCAGUUGUAGUCAAUAAUGUGUCUCAGUUUUCAUGGUGAUUCCUUGUUGUUGGACUAAAGCUCAUGAGAGUAAAGUUUUUCUUUGCUACUUGAAUAGCAAUAAAAGUGUGUUAUUUUUGAUUGAUGAAAGGAAUACAAAAAGCCUUUAGCCUUGCGGUGCCUUCUGAAAAUAACCAAAUUUCAUCCAUAUAUUGUCUUUUAUAAAUUUAUAGAAUGUCAAACUUUGCCUUCAGCCAUUAUUUUUUAUUUUUAGUCUCUUUCACCGUAAAAUAAAAUGGACACUGCUUUUCUUCUUCCAUUGACCAGUUUAAUGUUGAGUACUGUAUGUUUUCUAUUAUUUUUGUAAAGGUAUAUGUUAGCUAUUAAAGGUGAAGGUUAGGGCAAGUUAAUGAAAAAUGCAAAAAAAAAUGGGAACCAAAAAGUGACCCAAGUUUAGGUUUGUAUAAAUAUAUAUAAAUGUAGACCUAGCAGGGACAAGCCCAAUAAACCUUUUUUUUUUUUUUAACUUCCAAGUGGCUCAUACUUCUAUCUUUAUUCAAUUAUUAUUAAAGCCUUAGGGAAGGUUGAAGAUUUAUCCAGUACUAGAUACCAACGAAAAAUUAUAUAUUGUCAUUCUUUGGACAAAAAUCCUCAAGAUCAUUUGUAUUUAUUAGAAGAGUGAUUUGUCCUAGAGUUUUUCUCAAAUCUGAGGGACUUUUAAGAAAUGCUAAACAAUUUUUCUGGAGGAAAAAUACUGUCAUUUCAUAGAAUAUCUCAAUAAACACUACAUGGAAUUUCACUACACCAUCCUUUAUAAAUCAUUAAAUGUUUCAUCAAAUGGUUAAAUGGACCACUGGUUUUUUAGUGAAAUGUUUUUAGGCUUAAUUCAUUCAGUUGUCAAGUACACAUAGUCUUAAUUAAUAUACUCAGGUUUGAACAGAUUAUUCUGAACAUUUAAAUCUAAUCCACUCUUAAUACUUUAAAACUUGUGUUAAGAAAACUGCCAGUUCGUGCUUUUGAAAUGUCUGUUUUGACAUCAGUCUACUAUUACAAAUACGACAGUGCAUAUGUACUGUUAGUAAAAGCUUUAUAUACAAUUAUUAAUGUGAAAUUUUUCAUUUUUUAUUCAAGGAAGGAUUUCCUAAAAACAUUUCAAGGGAUAUAUAUCUACAUGUCUGUAUGUGUGUGUGUGUAUAUAUGCAUACACAGAUGCAUAUAUGUAUAUAUAAUGACAUUUAUGUUGCUGGGUUUUUUGCAUUUUAAGUGAUCAAGACUCAUUAGAUUAAAAUUUUGUUUUAAUACACAAAAGUUCAAAAUUAGAUAGAGACAGGUUUCCUGGAGAAAAGAGAUGAUCAUUUGAAGGGCAUGUCAUUCACAGUUACCAUUUAGUUAGAAAGUGGAGAACAUUUCAUCUAAAGAGUGGGUUCAUUGGUGUAAGUUAUAAUGGUGAAGAAUUUAUGCAGGUUUUAAUGAAUCUUGAUAGAAAGCUAUAAAAAUUACUACUGUUGUUAAUAGUGCAGUAUUUUAGCUGCGUGAAUAUGAACUAAGUUAAUAUAAAAAUGGAGAUCUGAUAAUAAUUUUGAAAUCAGAAUGUUAAGAAAAUGAAGUAAUUGUUUUUCCAAAAUAUUUUUUCCUACCUAUAACUCACAGCAUUGUUGCAUUUAUUACAGUUUUUGUAGUAUUUGGGGGUAAAGACGGUAGAAAUGUCGUAUUACUCAGUAAACAAUAUUUAUGUUUGAAUUUUUUAAAUGGAUAAUAGGGCAUGAACUGAAUGCUGCUAUCUUGAAAUGUGCACAGGUACACUUACUUUUCUUUCCGUGUUCUCCCUGUUCAGAAAACAUCAUUGUGAUCUAUACUGCAGGAACCAAAUGUCAUGCAUCAUACAUGUGUAUAAAGUACAUAAAAUAUAUCUAAGUAUGCAUAAUGGGGAGGGUAAUAUUCUCUGUGAAGUAAUGUAAGAAGCUUUUCACUUUUUAAAAAAUGCAUUACUUUUCCUUAACACUAGAUACCAGGUCAAAAAUUUCAAGGUUAUUGUAGUGCUCUAAUAAAGUUCAAUAAUUAGUUCUUAGAGUUGCUAGAUAGUGUUAAAGCUAUUCUACUCUAUUUUAUUUAUACUAAAUUCGAUUACUUUAGUGUCUUUUUUCAGUUCUAAUCAUUGGUGAUAACUUGGAAACUAAUUAUGCAAUGGCAUUUGGCAGUUCAUUAUUUCUAUAGGUAAAAAUUCAGUGGGAUUAGCGGUGGUGAGAUAAUUAUUAAUAGUUAAUUAAAUCAGAUAUUUAUUUGUUCCAUUAUUUCAUUGGUAUUUUAGGUUUCCUUUUACAUUCUUUUUAUAUGCUUUCUGACAUUACAUAUUUUUAAAGACUAUGGAAAUAAUUUAAAGAUUUGAGCUCUGGUGGAUGUUUACCAAGUUUGAAAAUGUCAUAUUUUGAUAAUGCUGUACUAUAACUGUCACACAAAUGCUUUUCUAAUGUUUUAACAUUGAGUAUUGCAGUUGCUGCUUUGUAAAGAGGUUACUGCAAUAAAGGAAGUGGAUUCAUUAAAACUA